GUGUGCGCGCGGGCGGGCGCAAAGAGGAGGAAAAGCGUGUUUACACAGACUGCCGAGAGCCUGGGGAAUAAUGCGCGAGAGGAAGUGAGCCGGCUCUCUGUCUGCGCGCUCCGACUUCCUGCUCUGAAGAAGAAAAAAACCUCCGGAUCCCCUUACAGUCUCGAGUCCCGCAGCUCAGACGGCAUCAGAAUGGAAAACCAGCGCAUUAUACGGAAUUCUCUUUAAAAACAUAUACAGAAGGAAAGCAGACGUCCAACACCAGGUCAUGGAGAGUGCCAUCACGUUGUGGCAGUUCCUGCUGCAGCUGUUAUUGGACCAGAGCCACAAGCACCUGAUCUGCUGGACGUCUAACGACGGGGAGUUUAAACUGCUCAAGUCAGAAGAGGUGGCCAAGCUGUGGGGUCUGAGGAAGAACAAGACCAACAUGAACUAUGACAAGCUGAGCCGCGCCCUGCGUUACUACUAUGACAAGAACAUCAUCAAGAAGGUGAUUGGUCAGAAGUUUGUGUACAAAUUUGUGUCCUUUCCGGAGAUCCUGAAGAUGGACCCCGCGGCGGUGGAGAUGGGUGUGAGGGGGGGUGAUGAGACUGGUGGGGCCCUGUCAGAGGGGGAGGGGGAUGAGGAGGGGAUGAGGGGCGGCCCCCCAGGGAGGAACGAGUACCUCCACUCAGGCCUCUACUCCUCCUUUACCGUCAGCUCCCUCCAGCAUCCCCAGGACCUCCUCCGCCCCCCUGAUCUGCUCCGGCCAAUCAAGGUGGAGCCUCGACAUGAUCACCAUGACAACAGUGGCACGGUGAUUCGCUUUGUUCAGAACCGCAGCCAUAAGGGCGGGGCACUGCCGAUGGUGUCGCUGCCUUCAUCCCCGCCCCCUUCCUCAAACGAGGGCUAUUAUUCGUCCAAACCUUCCCCAAGGCUAGCCUACUCCUCGUCCUGCUCCUCCUCCCCAUCACACAGCCCCACCCACGCACUCUGGAGGGCACGGAGCCCCGCCCCUGAGACUGAUGAAUCAGAGCAGAGUGCUCAACCCCUUAACCUAUCGUCUGGUCACAGAGACCGUGGCCAGGUCACACCCACGCCAAAGAAGAGGGGCUUAGCCAAUAGCGUCCCGCCAAAAACCAGGAAGCCAAAAGGCCUGGAGAUAUCCGCACCCUCCCUGCUCCUGACAGCCAAUGACAUCGGAUCUAUCGCCCUCAACAGUCCUGCGCUGCCCUCUGGGUCCCUAACACCAGCCUUCUUCACUGCACAGACUCCCUCAGGUCUCAUCCUCACCCCCAGUCCCUUGCUGUCCAGUAUCCAUUUCUGGAGCAGUCUGAGUCCCGGAGGAUCCCUGAGCCCCGCUCGCCUGCAGGGCCAUGGACCCCUGUUCCAGGUGACACACACACACACACUCUCUAAAAGAGAAGAGAGAGGAGAAAUGAAAUUCCCCACCCUGCUGAAUGGGCCCAUCCCAGUCCCCUUGUCCAGCCUGGACACCUCCUCCCCCCGACUGCUCUCCCACAGCCCACACAAGUCCUGAUCCUCCUGGAGGACAGUACCAUACUCUACUGGACUCUACUACCAACUGGACCAAAACAGGCCUUGACCAGAACAAAUAGGCCCAGUCCACACAAGUUCAAAUCCUGCACCCCGACACAGCAGGACUCGAGGCCAAAUCAGGUUAAGCCAGCAAAAAUCAGGACACUGCUGCAAACCUACUGGAUCAGCCUUUAACUGCGUCAAUAUCAUGGACUUGAAGAUACAUUUUCUUUAGCUUCGUUGAAACAGUUUUUUACUUACUCAUCUCAUCCAUCUUGAAAAAAAAUUAAGUUAUCCCAUAUUUAUCCUCUUCAGAAUGCUGUUCCAUGCAUUGUACCUUGUCAGCCCUUUAUCAAACGCCUGGCGUAUGGUUAUAACGCUUUAUAAGAGACAGGGCGUGGUUAUAAAGCUUUAUCAUUGUAUAGUGGUUGAUAUGUUCAUCUGAGGCUGUGAACCUGGUUGUAUUGUUCUGGCUAUAAGUGUUUUUCUAUGGUUUUGUAUUCUAUUACACUUUAAGCAUUAUUACCUUGUACCGGCUGUGCCUUCUCAAAUGUAAAUGUUUUAUUUUCACGCUUUAAAACUUUUUUUUAUAGACGAAAUUCCAGUUCAAUAUUAAACAAAAGCUCAUUUGUAACAGCUUUGUUAUUUUUUUAUAAAGGAAUUGAUACAAAUGUAUUCUCAUAAUGAUCUGCUAUUUUUUUGCUGUUCGAGAGUCAAGUAAAAAUGUCUUACACAGUUUUAAAUAAACAUGAAGCAUUGAAUGCUAUACAACUAAUUUUA